GAGCGGGCAGCUGUGGUGAGUCCGGGCGGCGGCGGCGGGCGAGCCGGCAGUGGAGGCUGCCGACUGAACCUGGUGAGAGAGGAAGGCUCUUGUGGUGGGGCCGGGGUACUUUCUUGGUAGAGAUGGCUGCCAUACGCAAGAAGCUCGUCAUUGUAGGAGAUGGAGCUUGUGGGAAGACCUGUCUCCUUAUUGUUUUCAGCAAGGACCAGUUCCCAGAGGUGUAUGUCCCCACUGUCUUCGAGAACUAUGUGGCCGACAUUGAGGUGGAUGGAAAGCAGGUAGAACUUGCUCUGUGGGAUACUGCGGGCCAAGAGGAUUAUGACCGCCUGAGACCCCUGUCUUACCCUGACACAGAUGUCAUCCUCAUGUGCUUCUCCAUCGACAGCCCUGACAGUUUAGAGAAUAUCCCCGAGAAGUGGACUCCGGAGGUGAAGCACUUCUGUCCCAAUGUGCCUAUCAUUCUGGUGGGGAACAAGAAAGAUCUGCGUAACGACGAGCACACACGCCGGGAGCUGGCUAAGAUGAAGCAGGAGCCAGUGAAGCCCGAGGAGGGCCGGGACAUGGCCAACAGGAUUAGUGCUUUUGGAUACCUGGAAUGCUCUGCGAAGACAAAGGAUGGCGUGCGGGAAGUGUUUGAGAUGGCCACCCGGGCUGCCUUGCAGGCCAAGCGGGGGCGUAAGAAGACCUCGUGCCAGCUGCUGUAACCCCCCUGCCUGCCUUCCCUGCCUGCCGGCCAAGCCACUGAGCUGUCAGCUUCCAGGCUCGCCUCAUAUCUGAUCCUGUGCUGGAGGCAGGACAGGCAUGGCUUCUUGGAGGGCGAGCCUGCUAGAGCUGGGCGGGAGUUCUUCUGGAGCAUGGCAACUAACUAUGGGGGUGGGGUUCCCAGUCUGCCCCAGGCUUCUCCCACCACUGUGCAGGGGUGGCAUUUUUCCCUUCAGCCCUCCCCAAAAGGCAAGAAGGUGCUGGCCCCUGACGGGUGAGUGGGAGUGCCUCGCCCUUCCGUCUGCUUGCUGGCUCGCAUGCAGCAGUCUUGGCGCUCUCGCUGGCAGCCCAUGGCACUGCACUGCUCUCGGCUGUCCUUUUGUCGAAGGCUCACCUGCCAAAGUGUGGAAGCCCUUGGUUUCACUUCACAGUCAGAGCCUUGGAUUGGAGCAUCCCGGCCUGGGGUGUUCCCUUUACCCCCCAAAAGGGCUUUUGAUUCAUAAAAAGUGUCACUUGUUCAGGGCAGGAGGAAGAUUUAGUCCUCCAGCACAGUGGGCAAAUAACUCUCCUGGCACCUCUUACCUUGGUCCCUUAGCUGGCUAUAUCUACUAAUUAGCUCCCUAAUCUCUGGGAUGCAGCAGAACCACUUGGGGCCUUCUGGGAGAAUGUAGCCCGGACCAUAGGCUGCCUCAUACCACCAUUUCCUUGGAGGCUGUGUCCAUAAAACAGCACCAGGUUCUCCUCCUAAACAGAAUUCUUUCUCGUUCAAUAUUUAUCUCCCGACAGCAGAGCGGGGAGCUACCUUUUUGUCAGACUGGCCCAGGAUUCUGGGCCGUGAAGCCUGGCCCCCUUUUCUAGCAAAAUAUCUAUAUUUGUAAACAGAGGUGCUAUGGGGCCAGUUUGUUGCUGUCGGGCAGCUCUCUAAUCCUCCAGUGGCCGAAAUAACCACUGCCACAGCUCCAAGUGCAACAGUCCAGCUCUGCUUCUGUUUCUCUCUCUGCAUCCUUCCCCCAUUCCCUCCAUCCUUUGUUACUCACUGCAUUGCCACCUGGGGUGUACGGUUUUGUGUUUAAUUUGUAUUCACAUGUUUUAAAAAAGUGGCUGUUACUUUUCAAAAUGUACUUGAAAAACAAAUCUGUAAUAAAUUUGUAGCAAUGUUUAGUACA